ACAACGCCGAGCACGACGAGCUCGCCGUCUCGACAAACAUCGCAGCAUCCGACUUCUGUGCUCUCUACGCUUUGUCCUCGCUCUGUAUUGCCGGCCUUCCCGCGUCUUCCAUUACAUACGUCGGACGCCGCGCAACACCUCAUCCGCCUCGCCUUCCUAGCAUGUCGAUUGCUAGCUGAAUCUCCCACAUCUUAGGCUGCUCUCCAGACUUAUCUCAAGACGACGGACCGUGAUCACCAUGGCAGAUACACAGCGAGCUUCACAGAUACCUGUGAUGUCCCCACGUGUGUCUCACAGUGGCAGCAGCUCCUUGGGUGGAUUGCCUUCGCCUCAUCUUGGCCUUGUCCCCCCGUCUCGGUAUCCCUCUGUGAGCGGCAGCCCAAGCCUCGUUUCGCCCCCUACUAGCCCUUCUCCCCCAAGCAGCGGAGGUGUGAGUACCCCGUUCCGCACAUUCCGCAACUUCCUUUCCUUCGGGAGUAGCAACAAGCACGCACCCAGUCCUGCCGUUCCAUCCGCAAUCCCCAAGAAUCACUUCGGCAGCCUUGGACCAGUCCGCCGCUCCGUGAAUGUGGAACGAAGGGCAUCGUCGCCGCAGCUCGCGAGGCGUUCGCAGGACGACUAUGUGCUAUCCAUCGACCUGCCUCGUCCUGGUGACGAGAAGCCACCUAAUACCCGCUCGUCGAAAAGCAGCAACGCCUCUCCAGUAUCCCAGUCCCCUCUAUCAAGCUCGCAGAGCUCAGCCGCAGAUAGUGCAGCUUCGCCGGCUGGUACGCCCGCACUUCUCGCAUCCGAGCUCUCCACCAUCCUUGAAGCGGAGACUUCUGGGAUCUCGAAGCACCUGCCUAGUCUCGAUACCUCGCAGGCAGAGAGCGAGCGUGCGUCUGACAUCAGUCCGAACGCGUUCCAGCCUCAAGCACUUUACCCCCCACCGCGCAAUACCCGGCAUGGUAGCUCAUCGCCAUCAAAUGAUACCUCCGCACUGGAUCUUUCGACGUCGAAGCUCACCAGUGAGGUCCUUGCUGCUCUGUCGGAGACCGGCGGGCAGCAAGACUGGUUGAAUGGUGUCGUCGUGGACGACGUACCGUCGGAUACCGCGAUUAGUCGCGAGCGGACGCCGGAAAGUCCGGACACUAGUUUCAACUUGAACUCGCUCGACCCCGACCUCGCCGCGCUGCUCAGCCCCAACAGGGUGUACGGCAGCAGUACAGAGCCGGCGGUCCUCCUAGCUAUAGACGCUAUGCCCCCUCCCGCCUCGAGUUCUCCCCCUUCUCCCACAAAGCCUACCUUUUCUCCUCGAGCGAAGACUGCCGAGCUGCAGGCUAGCACAUCCACUCGUCGUAUCCCUACCUCCCUCUCCGUCGCGUCCCGUCUCCCUUCACAUUCCAGUACCAUCCCCCGUAUUACAAGGUCGGUCUCCGACCGCCCUAUCUUUAGUCCAACAGGAAAGUCUGGUCCUCCCUCGCCCAUCACGUGCACACCGUCAGGUCGUGCCAUGUCCUCCAGCCCGGAGCGCCCCUCCUCGAUGAGUUCUGCUUCCGCUCUCAGCCGGCUCUCGCGCGCCUCCCCCGGAGACAUUACCGCCACUGCGAACUCUUCUAUCCGGCGGCCUGGCAGCAGCGGGAACAGAGAAGAGCGUCGAACACCAGCUUCGCGCCUCAUGACCCCCGCGCGACCUUCCUCGUCUUCUGCUUCCACGAGCACGUCGCGCCCGCCCAUGUCGCGGCUACACUCGACACCGAAUAGCGUCUGGGAAGCAGACUCAGCGUCUCCGUCCUCGCGCGCCCCAUCGUCGAUUGGCACCGCGCCGAGCCGCCUACAGAACCAUCGGCCAAGCUUGGACAUCGAACGACCACGGCUCACUGGCAGUGUCCGUACGCGCAAGCGUAGUACGAGUGUCAUAGAGAAUCGGGUGACGAGCACUUCCCCUUCCCAUCCUCCUGUGUCCCUACCGGCGCCACGGAACAUGGCGGACUGGCUUGGGCCGCGGACAGCUAAGGCGUUUGCUGCCGCUGGGCUUCUGGACUUUGACAAGGACUCUUCUCCCGCUAGCGCGAGUCGUCCUCCGUCGCGAUUCGGACCCUCGCGAAGCAGCAUCGACAGGGACUCGCGAUCUCGCUACACCCCAUCGCGAAUGGCAUACUCCGAGGCCGGAUCGUCCUCGUCCUAUGGCGCGCGCAGCGGUAGCAUCUCGCGCGCGGCUGGCUAUUCCGAGAGCCCCUCCACCACGGGCCCCAUGAGCGAGACAAUGUCUCCCCGCACAGUCUUCUCGAGCGCCUCGACGGCCCCGACUUCAGUGUCAGCCUCGUCCCUGAACUCGGAGGUCCAGCUGCUCCAAGAGAAGCACGCGCUCGAGACGAGUGCCCUCCUGAGCGCGCUCGCGGACUCGCAACGGACGACGCGGAUGCUCCGCGACGAGAACGGGCAGCUGCGCGAGCGCAUCCAGAUGCUCGAGGACAAGCUUGCGGACGCGCAGGAGCGCAUCCAGGCCAUCCUGUACUCCCAGCCGCCCGCGGUGCCCCCAAACCCUAUGUACCCGUCGAAGCGCUAUGGGAGCCCGGCGUCGUCUUCGGACCGCCGCCUCCCUGCACAUUCGCGCACUAGCUCGUUCGUGCGCCGCUCUUCCCCGGGCCCCGCGUUCGUCUCCCCAGAGACGCCAUACGAUGCCGCGAGUGCGUUUGUGCCUUCGUACAGAAAGCGCGCGAGCGUCGAGUCGUCUGUCUUCGCAACGCUCCCGUCUAAUAUGUCUAUGAUUAUGCAGGAAGAGGGCGCCCCGCCUGAUACCUUUACCGCCUUCUCUCAGAACUCAUCCUCUCCACCAGGCUCGCCUACGAUGGUACUCGCUAGAGUGAACGCAGGACACAGUCCAAGCGGAUAUCCAUCGAUCCCGAAGGGACCCUCGUCUCGCAGCGGGUAUAGCCACGCCGCGAACAAAUCCGUAUCGUCAGCCGGGAACAUCUCGCCGACAACCGCGAACUUCUCCAUCAUGACGGGCUCACCAGGCAGUCUGAACCUGCGUCCGGAGCACGAACGUCAUCUGGGUGACAUGCCGCCACUCGACCUCGAUGCAGAGGGGUUCGAGUUUGACGACAGUUCGUUGCGGUAGCGCGUAUGCGCCUACGUAUGUCCAUGCGUUCUCCUCCCUCUUCGUCCACUCCUUCCGCAUUCCUGUCCUUUCCAUGUGUUUGCUUGCUUGUUAUGCUCGCGGACAUCUCUCUCGCACGGAUCGGUCCUGGGUCCUUCGUCUUAACUGGAUAUACUUACUCGACUUCGCUUCGGAUCUAAUCUUUCUUGGCGUUGUCCCCUUCGCCCUUUCCCACUCGUUGAUGUCCACGGUCCUUUCGCAUCGCUUUCGUUUCCCCUCGUCCCACAUCUACCUCACUGCACACGCACCCACGUAAUAUAGACCGUCCAUUGCAUUGCUGUCGGCGUCGACUGUAC